AUGUUAUCAUAAAAAAAAGAACAAUUUAGAUAACAAAUUAGAAAGUAAAGAUUGGAAGAACUUUUUAUGUAAAGUAGGAAAAAAAGCAUAUAAAAAAAUGAUAUUCAGCAAUGUUAAGAUUAAAUGGAUGAUGAAAUAAUAAAUCUAAGCAAUUAGAUAGAAUCUGAACAAAAUUUAAAUAUUUCUAAAUAUCCUCUUCUUAAAGAAAUUUUAGAUAGAGAUUUAACAAAUUCAAAAAUACUGUUAUUAUAAUUGAUAGUGAAAAAAUGUAAAGAAGCUUAACAGAUAGAUGUUAUUGAAACCCUUUUUCAAGAUUUUAAUUUAGGGCAACGAAUUUUGACGAAGUGUGAAAAAGAAUAGGAUUUAGUAUUUUUAGAUGAAUAACUAUAUUUACUUGGAUAUUUAUCAUAGUCAUCAAUGUUAUGUUAAACUACACUAAUAUAAUUAUAAAUAGUUUAAAUCUUGAAUAAGGUUGUAGAAUUAAAUAUUGAAUAGGAUGAUUGUAUUAUGUCAACUUUUAUGUAUCUUAUUAAAACAUUUAUUGAGACUAAUAGUAGAAUUCCAUUUUAAGAAGUUACACCAUUAAUGUUAAUUUUAGAUAAAUUAUGCAAGAAAUUGCGAAGGAUAAAUUAUUUAGAUUUAGAAUUUGAUUUGGAGAAUAAUGAAAAAUAUUCUGAAACAAAACAUUCAUUUCUAAAUAGAAUACUAUAAUUUGUUCGAUAAUUUAUUGAUAAAUCUCAAUUUUCUACUAACUUAACAAUUUAUUAAAACUUUUGGAUAAUCCUUACAAAUUUGGCAUUUGUAGUUUAAGAAUAAUAUUCUUUAAGAUAGAGUGCAUUAAAUGUUAUUUCUGAGUCAAUGAAAUUGAAUGAUCAUUUAUUAAAAUUUGAUAUUAUGGAAAAGCAUCCAGGUAUUUUAUUUUAAUUACUAACUAUUAUUGAUCAUCAUUCAUCAAGUAAUAAAACUAUUGAUAAUUCUAUAAGAACUUAAGCAUCUAUUAUUAUAAAAUAAUUGUUUUGUAAUUAAUCUUAAUAUAUUAUCGAGAAUAUCCAUUUAAAUUAAAUUCCAUUAUAACUUUUGCAUUUGAUUGAAAAAGAAAGUAAUUUUUUAUCUUAUUUUAGAGGAUCGUUAAAUCUUAUAUCAUUAAUUAGAAGCCUUAUUUUUUAUAUUUUCAAGUAGUACUUUUUAGUAAUGUAUAGAUUUAUACAAUAAUGGAUUAUUAAAUCUUCUAAUUUCUGUAUAUUAAGAAAUGAAGGAAUGGUAGGAUUUUGUCCUUAGUAAAUAGUUAAUUAAAUGUAAUCUUUUUAUUUAAUUAGUGACCUUUACUGUUCUUCAACACAAUUAGAGUGAUAAUUUCAUAGUGAACUUUUUAAAACAACAUAAAAUCACAACAUAUCUGAACGAUAUAGUAAUUAAUUGUAAACAUGAAAUAACAUCACAAAGAGCUAGUCAAAUACUUAAGCAUAUUUAGUGA